UCAAUUUUCUCAACACACCUUGGGUAUCUGGAGUGCAUAAGAGAAGAUACUGGGAAGAAAUGGAAGCUCUACUUGUAAGAAAACUGGGCGACCCAACUCUGCCACCAAAUGCCUCGGAGAAUCCAUCACUCGAUCUCUCAACCUCCCACCCUAUUCCUAAUUUGGAAUCGCCAACCUCCGUUAGAGUUCGAAUCAAAGCCACCAGCUUGAAUUUCGCAAAUUAUCUCCAAGUCCUUGGCAAAUACCAAGAGAAACCCCCUUUACCCUUCAUCCCUGGCUCCGAUUACUCCGGUGUUGUUGAAGCCGUUGGCCCUAAUGUCACUAAGUUCAAAAUUGGAGACCACGUUUGCUCUUUUGUUGCCCUUGGCUCAUUUGCUCAAUUCAUCGUCGCCGAUGAAUCCGACUUGUUUCAAGUACCUGAUGGAUGUGAUCUAGUUGCAGCUGGUGCACUUCCUGUUGCAUAUGGGACAUCACAUGUGGCUCUGGUGCAUAGAGCGCAGCUGCGUCCCAAACAGGUUUUACUGGUACUUGGAGCAGCUGGAGGCGUUGGGCUCUCGGCAGUACAAAUUGGGAAGGCUUGUGGUGCGACAGUUAUUGCAGUGGCUAGGGGAAAUGAAAAGGUGCAGUUUUUGAAAUCUUUAGGUGUUGAUCAUGCAGUAGACUUGAGCAGUGCAAACGUCAUUGAAAGUGUCAAGGGCUUCCUGAAGUCAAGAAAGCUCAAAGGGGUUGAUGUCUUGUAUGAUCCAGUCGGUGGGAGGCUUACAAAGGAUAGCUUAAAGCUAUUAAAUUGGGGGGCACAAAUUCUGGUUAUUGGAUUUGCAAGUGGGGAAGUACCUGUCAUCCCAGCCAACAUUGCGUUGGUGAAGAACUGGACAAUUCACGGACUGUAUUGGGGAAGCUAUAAGAUACAUCAACCCAAUGUGCUUGGAGAUUCUCUGAAGGAGCUUCUAUCUUGGCUGUCUAAGGGUUUGAUUACAGUCAACAUUUCUCAUACAUUCAGCCUGGCAGAGGCCCAUCUUGCUUUUACUGCUCUCAAAGAUAGGAGAGCAAUUGGCAAGGUGAUGAUAACAUUCGAUGAUGGGAAAAUCGUCAAGUCCAAGCUUUAAUUGUAGUGAUCGACUCAGAAUGACUCGAGGUGCAGAAGAAUUUCCUGCUGCGUGACUUUCAAGAUUAUACACCAUCCUAUGACUUUUCGUCACAAGGAGGUACUGCAAUCAAUAAAUAUGUGGAACUUGUAUUUUGUAUUAAAGAAAGAAAGAAAUAUAAGGUAAUAGAUGCUAUUGCAACGUAAAAAUAAACAUACAUGAAAAUUUGAGUGAAACAAAGUAUAAUCUAGCUUGAAUGUCUACUUCUUUCCUCUU